GAUUAUGUGGACGCUCAAAGCGAGCCGACUGAAAACCAAAGAAAGAGGCUGUCAGUUAAAGUCACAAAGAUACCUUAUGUUGUGCUUAGUGAAGUCUGUAAGAUGAUGAACAUUAAAGAUUUCUUAAAUUACAACGACUUCAGAGGGCUUGCAGAAAAAAUUGGGUUAGGAAGGAAUGAUGCAGAGCUCUUCGAUCAGAGAUCCAAAAAUCCCACUGAUGAAAUUUUAAAGGAAUGGGCGAGAAAGAGUUACGAAGAAGCAACGGUUGGAAAACUGAUUACAUUGUUGAAGGCGAUGGAGAGAAUGGAUGCAGUAAAGGAGCUUGAAGAUUGGGUGAAUGAGGAAUCAUCAUAG